AUGGCCGGACAUCAGCGAUCGACAAGCUGGCCAUCCAUGGCUCAUCCCAACAAGACCGAGAUGCAAGAAGCUCUGCAAAGCAUAGUCUCUCUCAUUUCUACGCUGGCGGCGGCUACUAGUACCAUCGAAGUGGUGUGCGACGGUCUGAGGAGGCUUGGAGACGUGUACAGACACAUCGACGAGGCCAUAUGCCUGCAUAGCAACCACAACCAGCUGGUGCACGGGAAGAAGAGGCUGGAGGAAGAAAUGGAGAGGUCGCUGCAGGUGCUGGACCUCUGCAACACCCUGCAAGAAAGCUUCGGUGACCUGAAGAUGACCGUCCAGGAGCUGCAGAUGGUUCUCAACAGAGGGGACCUCCCGGUAGCUCAGAUCAAGGCUCAGUCCUACGCCCGGCUGGUGAAGAAGGCCAAGCACCAGCUGAAGAAAGCUGCCAGCAGCAAGUCAUCUACCUCGUCGUCGUCGUCGUCCCAUGAGGAUGCGUGGUUGAUCAGUUUGUUGACUACGGCGAGAGGAGUCACUGUCUCGGCGCUGAGAUCUGCAGUGGAGCUCCUGGCGAAGCAAAUGGCGACCUGUGGUGCGAGCAAGUGGUCGCUGAUCACCAAAUCGAUGCAGAAGAGGAGAGUUUCGUGCGAGGAGGUGCAGUUGCAGGCACUGGAGUUGGGGAUUGUCGGCCUAGAGAGCUCAGUUGAGAACCUUUUCAGAUGUCUGAUCCAGACCAGGGUCUCUCUUCUCAACACUCUCAGCUUGUAG